UAAUUUGUUAUCAUCUGAAAAUUGGAUACUAGUUGCAUAAUUCACUGUCUCAUUUAAAGAUGGAAUAUAAAUAAAUUCCGAAUCUUUUUACUUUUUUUUUUAAUUGUCCUCUCUUGGUUAUUAGAUUAUAAUUGGUAACAUAGACUUGAAAUUCCACGGAAUAUGAUUCGCAAAAAAAAAAAAUCACUUGAAAUUCAUCACCACUCACUGCAACUUAUGCUCUGUUUGGAUCCUGAUGAAUUAUGCAUUAAAAAAAAAGGGCAAAAGAAAGAAUAUCUCGGAAUUGAGAAAUCACAUGGAGAAAACUCCGGUGGCAGCGUAGGAAACUUGACAUCAAAUUCAAGCAGAGAGAACUGCUUCAAUAGAGACAAGAUUCAAAUAAAUCAUAUUUAUAUUGUGUGGUGUGCACAGGAAAAAGUUAGAGAAGAACUGAAAGAAGCUAGAGAGUCAUAUUUCGGAGAUUUUGUCAGCUGCAUCAAGUAGGAAUGUCCUAUGUGUGGAGGAGAAUGGAUUUGGUAAAAUGCUUUCUUCAAGAAUAGAAAUCCCUCUAUGUAAGUAUACUGGAUUUGCUCAAGUUUCAGGAGAUAGAGACUAUGCUAAUGCUCUUGAAGUUGUAUCUCCAACAAGUGCCAAGCUUCCAUAUAUUGAGAAGUUCCCAACAUAUACAACAUGGAUAUUUUUGGACAAAAAUCAGAGAAUGGCCGAAUACCAAUCUGUUGUGGAGAGGAGACGUAUAUACUAUGACCAACAUGGCAGUGAAGCCUUAAUCUGUAGUGACAGUGAGGAAGAUAUUGCAGAGAGUGAGGAAGACAAACAUGAAUUCUCUGAGGGUGAAGAACGUAUUUUGUGGACCGUCCGUCAGGAGUACGGUCUAGGUGAGGAAAUACUGAGGGCCGUCAGCCAAUUUAUUGGAGUAACCAUAUCUGAAAUCCAGAUUGUCAGGAACGGCAUGGCACGCUCGCAGACAAAUACAGUGACCAAAACAUUAAAGAUUCGGAGGAUUCUGGAUCUGAAAAGGAUUGAAAAGCAGCCAUAUUGUUCUGAAUAUGAAGAUGACAGGAAGCCUUGCAGUGAUCAAUGUUACCUCCGGUUAAGAGCUGUCAAAGGUAUGCCAGAAGGUUCAGGUGGCAAUGCAUUGCAUAGAGUGAUGACUACAACUCUAGAAGAGAAAGACCAGGCUGCAUCAUCUGAUGCCAAAGGGCCAAAGACUAAUGUUGGUGCAGAUCUUAUGCAAGAUGAAAGAGGUAUCACUGAAGAAGCGAGGCCUGUUACUUUAGAAGGUAUUCAUGACUCAGAAGGUGCUGGUGAAGCUCAAAAUUUGGAGAUAUCUUGCAUAGCUAUAGAUAACCAUGAAAGUUCUGGAAAGCUGAAGGCCUCCCAAGAAAGAUAUAGACCGUUAGAUGAUUCUGUACUCUAUUCUGAUGGCAGCCAGGAUUCUGCAAUUAAGAAACAAAAGACGGUAUUGGUUUUGGAUUUAGGUACAAAGUCUUCUGAAGCUAUACCAAGUCAGGAUCAUGCCAGUUCUGAAAGUACUAAAAGUAGGAACCAUCAUGUUGGUACUCCUAAUGAAAAUGAAGCUCAAAUUACGGCCAAAAACAAUCAAAAUGAAUCUGAUGAACGGGUUUCAGUAACUUUUGCCUGUUCUGCUAGUGCUUCCAGUGAUAAGACCGAGGAUAAUCUAAGUGAUGGAGCCACAGAUGUUGCAAAGGUGCCUGAAUUGAAGUGGUCAUCUUCUGAUUGGAAACCUAUUGAGAGAGAAUUGUAUUUGAAGGGAGUGGAGAUAUUUGGGAGAAACAGGUAAUGUUGGUGGCUGGAGAUCAUCGAGUAGGAAUUUUUGCCAAGAAGCGCAUUGAAGCUAGUGAAGAGCUCUUUUAUGAUUAUCGUUAUGGCCCAGAUCAAGCACCUGCAUGGGCUAGGAAACAUGAAGGUUCCAAGAGAGAUGAUACAUCAGUCUCUCAAGGUAGAGCAAAGAAACACCAGUCUCAUUGAUGCACUGUUGACUGGUUUAGCAUGUGCACCUUAGUAAAACAACAACCAGUCUCAAGGUUGUUGUUUCUAUAUUAUUACCUUCAGUUUUUCCCAUCUUCACCUUAGUAAAAGAAGUUUUUUCAUGAGCAAGCAUAUAGGAUAUUGUCAUUAUGUGUGUAUAGUUGCAUAAGUCAGGAAAUUAGAUAAAAAUAAGGUUUAAGCAUUUAUUAUGCCAACAAGCUAGGUAGCAAUUCAAUACAUAUAGGAAUUGGUGGGAGAAAGCAUGUAUGAAUCUUAUAGAAAUAAUGGAAGUCUUUUCUUUAUUAUGAUAGCUAUUUGCAUUUUUCCAUGGCAUGCAUUUAGUUUUUCCUUUUUGAUACUUUUGACCUUAACAUGACUGCUUUGCACCAAUUUACCAGAGAUUUCCCACAUCCCCCAGUUAAUUCGGCUUCUUUCUGUCGCGGCUGAAAGGCUUUCUCUUCAAUAUACCAGCUUCCCCGGGAUUAUUAAUUUUUUAUUGCAUUGCCAACAGGUCAAUUGCCAAUAUUGAUAAUUACAAUAAAUUUUUAGCUUAAUAUCAAUUCGUCUUUUUUUACUAUUAUUUUUAA